AUGAAAAGAGAAGGUUUUAGGCAAAUGAAACGGAAAUUUUUAAUACUGACACCUUUAUGUGAAGCGCAAAUAGAAUCUCGAUUGGAGAUUGAAAACAAGACACAUCAUCAGGGGAAUGGCAGAUUGGUGCCCGUCACUUACUGUUACCGUGACAGCGAGAAGUAUCAGAAGAAGGAAAGAAAGCAACUCAGAAUCAUCGAUAUUAAAUAUCUCGUCACAUAUUCAGCGUUUAAUUUAUUUAUAUUUCACAAAUGCUUCUUUUUACAAAUUUGUUCUUUUGUUUUUACACAAACAAGCACCUCAAAGGAAGAGAAAGAGAUUGGAGAAGUCUCAUCAACAAUUCCCUUUGCGGCUGCCAUUCAUGGUGAAAAGCCCAAAGCAAGUAUUUUCAUAUAUGGAGAUUACAAGUCUAUCAUCUUUAUGGAUCAAAUUACUUCAGUAAUGUCAAGACCAACUGUUGAGAAAUUAUCAAUUGUAGAUAAUCUUGAUACUUAUCUACUUGUUACUUGUGAUCAAAGACCAAAACUUUUCCCAACUCGUCUGAAAAAAUAA